GGCUUCAUUCGACUCGAACUUACGUGCAAGUUUUGAAAAAUCGAACAACAAAAGUGUAGCUUGGCCAGUUCUUCCAAAGUUCCAAAGUUCAGCUUCGCGCGAUGGCGCUAAAAGGCCUGAAAAUUGUUGAGUUUGUUGGGCUUGCCCCCGGUCCGUUCUGUGGAAUGUUGUUGGCCGACUUUGGGGCAACGGUCACACGAAUCGAUAUGAGCCCCCGCAACCCGCUGGAUGUGCUACAGGGAGGCAAACGAUCUUUGGCCCUAGACCUGAAGAAACCGAAGGCCAUAGAGGUGGUGCGGUCCCUGUGCCGGAAAUCCGAUGUCCUGAUAGAACCAUUCCGACCGGGAGUGAUGGAAAAAUUGGGCCUUGGUCCAUCGAUCUUGCUGCAGGACAAUCCCGGACUGAUCUACGCUAGAUUGACGGGAUUCGGGCAGAGUGGUUCUCAUGCGGCUCGUGCAGGUCACGAUAUCAAUUAUGUGGCCCUUUCCGGCGUGCUAUCAUUGUUGGGACGCCAAGGCAACAAACCACCGUUCCCAAUCAAUUUGUUGGCCGAUUUCGCCGGCGGUGGGAUGAUGUGUGCCUUCGGUAUUCUCGCGGCAUUACUCGAACGACACCGGUCCGGUCGAGGUCAGAUCGUGGAUAAUGCGAUGGUCGAGGGGGCCGCCUAUAUCGGUAGUUGGCUGUUCCGCUCCCGAAAUCUGCCGAUCUGGGGAAAGCCUCGUGGAGAAAAUAUGAUUGAUGGAGGAGCCCACUUCUACGAUACUUACGAAACACGCGAUGGUAAGUUCGUGUCGGUGGGUGCCAUAGAGAACCGGUUCUACCGGCAGUUGCUCGAGGGUCUUGGUCUCGAUCCCGAAUUACCGCAGUUUGAGAACGAUGAAGAGCGCAAACAACUGUUCGAGAAGUUGUUUCGCUCGAAGACGCGAGACCAGUGGAUGGCAAUAUUUGAGACGACAGAUGCCUGCGUAUUUCCGGUGCUUGAGAUGGACGAAGUCGAAUCGUACACCCAUAACCGGGAGAGGCAAGUAUUUGUGGAUCGAAACCAAACCGAUGAUGACUCAACGGUUGUACCAACGCCUGCCCCGAAGUUAAGUCGCACACCGGCUACUUCCGGUGCGCUGGCCAAGAGUCGCGAUGAGCUAGAAAUGACGGUUGAAAUACUAGGCGAAAUAGGCAUCGAUCGGUCCGAAGUGGUUCGACUGCACGAGCAGGGUAUCGUUUUACUUUCCACGGCACCAAAGUUGUAACGGUUCGACUAUCGCGCCUAUUGUUAACUAGUUUUAAGCAAGGUAUUUUUGGGAAUAAAGGGAAACGGUAGGAACAGAGGUUUACAGU